AAAAGGAGAUUCGAUGAAAUUGAUAUUUGUGAGAUCGCAAUGUCAAUUCGCAGAUUGGGUAUCACGUGGAAUGUUGAGUUUGUAGUCUUGGAGGAUAUCUUUGCGAGUGAAGAUGGGAUUUACUAUUUUGAAAAUUUUGAUGUGAUAUCCACUCGGGAUGAUAAACAAAAGGAUGAAUUAUUGAAAUUAGUGAAUGAAAAGUUGGAUGAGAUACGUAAUUACGAGGUGAAUGAUUUGAUUGAAUAUCACAAAUUAUUGAAUCAAGAUCACAAAGAGUUUAAUUAUUUGAUUGAGAAAAUGGAUGGUUUGAUUCACGAUGGAGUUGGAAUUGAUAUUCAUUUAUUGAUGGAUAAACAGGAUAAAAUGAUCAAAUCGAUUGAUAAAUUUAUUAAAUGUUUGAGAGGCAGGAAGAUGUAUUAUAGGUUGCGUGAAGAUCUUUAUUCCGAAAAUGAAGAUUUUUGA